CCGGCCCGAGAGAUGGCGGCGGCGGCGGCCGUGAGCAGCGCCAAGCGGAGCCUGCGGGCCGAGCUGAAGCAGCGUCUGCGGGCGAUGAGCGCCGAGGAGCGGCUGCGUCAGUCCCGCCUCUUGGCCCAGAAGGUGCUUGCCCACAGUCAGUAUCAGAAGUCGAAAAGAAUUUCCGUCUUUCUGAGCAUGCAAGACGAGGUGGAGACCGAGGAGAUCAUCAGGGACAUUUUCCAGCAAGGGAAGGCCUGCUUCAUCCCGCGGUACGGCUCCCAGGGGAGCCACAUGGACAUGCUGAGGCUCGCGUCCCCCGACGAGGUUGCGCUGCUUCCCAGGACGCCCUGGAACAUUCGCCAGCCUGGAGAGAACGAGGUUCGGGAGGAAGCCUUGUCCACAGGCGGACUUGAUCUCAUCUUCAUGCCGGGCCUUGGGUUUGACAAGCAAGGCAACCGGCUGGGGCGAGGCAAGGGCUACUACGACGCCUACCUGACGCGCUGUCUGCAGCAGCAGCGGGACUCGCAGCCCUACACCAUGGCCUUGGCGUUCCGCGAACAGAUGUGCCUCCAGGUGCCCGUGGACGAGCAUGACGUGAGGGUGGAUGAAGUCCUAUACGAAGACUCGCCCUAAACCCCGACGCAGAGAAAAGCAGCACAUGGCUCUGGUCGCUGAAGAACUCCCUCCAGAGAUGAGCAGAUCCACACGGAAGCCACUGCACUGUUAACAUCUUCCACGCUGUUUACCGGCUUUGCAAACUGUUUAUUUAAUUCAUUUUUUAAAAUUUAAAUCCGCUAGUAACUCUCCCGUUUCUUGACAUGGGUUACUCCUGCGUAUCCGUCAGAAGACGCUGAUACUGACCUUGUGCUCAUGGCUUCAGAACUUACGGAAACUCUGGAAAGAUUUUAAACCGUGGUAGGAAAACUUUGCUGCCAGGUUUUAGCUGGGCGGACGGGGAACUGUGUGCAGCUGCCAUGUCACAGCGAGGCCGUGCAGCGGUGAAAAUAUUUCCAAGUCCCGUGUCCCACAUAUGCUGUGUGUCACAGGAAGUUCCUUCUGACUCGUCGAUGAAACGUGACUUUUAUCGGGAAGAUUCAAAUCAGACGUAUUUAUCCUUUGAAGGCAGGUGUUUACAGGUUACCGCUGGCCAUCGUACCACCAAAGAAUCAGAAAGUGUGGUACACGUAAAAUACACACAAAACUCAUCUUUAAGCUCCACGGCUCUUUUAGUUUUA